GCGUUAGAGGGUGUUUAUGUGCAAGUAGAAUGGCGUUAGAAAUGGAGGUAGUUUCGUUUCAAUGGUUUAUUUAGACGAAAGGUGUGCUCGAAGUUUUGUUGAGGUCUCAUAAUCAGAAACUUGGGGAUUUCAUUAAGAAAAUGAAACUGUAUGGAGCAAGAAUGAAUAAAUAAUUUCAUCAUUACUGAAGCCAACAAGUAUAAUCUAGAACACCAUGUUUUUCUUGAAGAUCAAGAUUUGCAGUAUUGACUCUGUACUUAACACUCAGUCUGAAAUGGCCUCAAGACUCUGUAUUGCCACCUUGCAGAUUAUUCUAAUUUCUACUGUUUGUUUUGAUGGAAUGAAUGCCGAGAAGUGUUCAUUUGUUGGUUAUGUAGCCACAUGUAAUAUUCCAGUGAGAAGUUCAGCAAUGAAUGUUAGAGUUGUUGUUAAUCAUUGUCAUGAACCUAUUGAUGUUACCUUCUAUCUUAAGAAUGCGGAUAUUGAUUGGCGAUAUACUUUUGUUACUACAAACAAAGCUGAAAGCCAGGUAAUUUCCAACUUUCCAGACAAGCAUAAAUUAGAACUUCAUGUGGAGUUGCAAAACUUUGAUAGGGAAAAAGUGGUAGUGUUGGCAGAAUUUAAUCUUGAAAAUGAGAAAAGAGAGGUCUUCUUGAACUCUACAGUAAAUAUUGGAUCCUAUGACACUUGCACAUCCUCAGAUUCACCUGAGAAUCUCAUUGCUACUAUAGUAGUGUUUCUAUUUAUUGUACCAUUAGUCUUGGGCAUAGUUGUUUAUGUUUGGUGUUUCCGAUGUUUCAAGAAGAAGCAUCAGGUUGAUCAAGUACCUCUUGUGGAUGAUAUGGAAAGCAGAGUCACUGGAACAUCUUCUAACAUGGGAAGAACUACAGGAAGUAACCAGUCCUCUCCAGGGAACCACCAGAGCUCUUCUUUGCGAGUUGAGUUUAGAUCUCCUAGGUAUCACUUUCCAGAAGAUGUUGUGAUUGAAAAUUCUUCAGCAAGAGCUUACCCACAAGAAAAGCAGGCAGCAGUUUAGAAACUUGUGGUUUAAAGUAUAUAUGUGUGUUAAGGCAGCUAACUAGUUUGUUUUUGUUUUAGUAUAUAAUGCUUUAUGUGAAGUCGCCUAUGUCAUAGGGAAAUAAAGAAAAAACUAGUAUGAAAAUCAUUUAUACUAGUUUCAAGAGUACCAUUAUCUUUUCUAUAGGGUAACUGAACAUGAAAAUGUGUAAUAUUUUAACAAAAAGUUAAUUCCUUAGAUUUGAUAACUUGGGGUGUCAUGAUUACUCAGAUAAAUGGUUAGAGCUUAGUUCAAGGGCAAAAUCAGUUCAAACUUUUUUAAUCAGGACUCAAAACAUUGAUUCUUGGUAUAUUGUAUAUCUAGUUUUAUUUAUACCACUACAAAUUCAAUUGUAGUUGAAAUUCAUUUGCUUGACCUUAAGUUGCUUUACAUGAGAGAAGAAAUUACAUAAACAGAGCGUGUGUGAGGAUUUACUUCCUGUCUUAUUUUAAACCUAAAAGCCAAGGCAGUAAUCUUAAUAUGUCAGCUCAUACUGAAAUAGAGGACUGAUUUAAUAAUCUAUUCACUUUUUAACCCUUUCAGCAUGGGUGGAUGUGAUUACCAUCCGCUCGAUUAGGGAAGACAUUUAUGCAACAAAAAUAUGGUAACUUUGUGCAUUCCUCACAAAAACUGGUAAGAUUUGGUUAAAGUUUAUAAAUAUCAUGUAUAC